GCGUUAGAUAUCUCACAGGGGGGAUCCCAGUGUCCUGAUGAAAGAGAGAGGAGGAGAGAGAGAGAGAGAGAGACAGAUUGAGUGAGUAGUCUCAAAGGCAGAACAUGCGUCCCUACGCACUUGCAGAGACUCAAACGAACCACGAAGAUAUAUCAGACGCCUUCUGAAACCCUCAGAAGUUAGAAAAAUUCUUAAUAAAAUUAUACAUAAGUGGCGAAUGAUGGACGUAGAUCCGCGUCAAUACGAAAAUGCUGCUAUCAAUGACAGUGACAUCCACAACAUUGUCCUAUCAUAUCUUGUGCAUAAUUGUUUUAAAGAGACUGUGGAAUCAUUUAUUUCUUGUACUGGGAUGAAGCAGCCUGCUGAUUAUCAGGAGGACAUGGAGAAAAGAAAACGAAUAUUUCAUUUUGCUUUGGAGGGCAAUGCACUAAAGGCCAUUGAACUGACAGAACAGCUGGCAGAUGAUUUACUAGAGAAAAAUAAGGAUUUGCAUUUUGAUCUUCUUAGCCUUCACUUUGUUAAGCUUGUAUGCUCCAGGAAAUGCACAGAAGCUCUGGAAUUUGCUCAGACAAAGUUGACCCCUUUUGGAAAAGUGCAAAAUUAUGUUGAGAAGCUUGAAGACUUCAUGACUCUGCUAGCUUAUGAGGAGCCAGAAAAAUCCCCAAUGUUUCAUCUGCUAAGCCUGGAAUAUCGGCAGCAAGUUGCAGAUAGUUUGAACAGAGCACUUCUUGCACAUGCCAACCUCCCUAGCUGUUCAGCAAUGGAAAGGCUGAUACAACAGACAACAGUAGUUAGACAAUGCUUAAAUCAAGAGCUUAGCAAGGUAAUCUUCUAUUUGUUAUUUUUCCUUUGUGCGCGCGUGCGUGUGUGUGUGUGUUGGUGUGUUUUAUUGGGAUUCUUGGAGGCCUGCUCAUGUUGGAUUAUUUUUAAUUGACAUCUCAAGUUGUUCUCUCUUAUUGUAAUCCUAGGAUUGAAUUGUUUUUUUAGUCCAUGACUUCAACUGUCAAUUGUUUGUGUCAUCCUUUCAUUUCUUGUGUAUAUUCCAUUAGGGGGAGAUUAUGAAUGGGAGUAAUUACUAUGCUUUCUAAAAAUAAUUACUUUCAAUCAAGGAAGAAAUCUAAUAACCCAUGUUUUACCCAGAAAGAGAGACAGAAAGAAAAAAAUAAUAACCUAUGCUUUACCUAGAAAGAGAGACAGAAAACAAAAUAUAUUGUUUAUAAUGUAAUUUCAAUUGAAUGCUUACAUUUUUAAGUGUAACAGGUCACAUUCUAUUUCUCCCAGGAUCAUUUGUACUGGCUCAAUGCCAAACUUGCUUCAUGUUGUUAAGCUGGAAUAUGAUCUAGAAAUGCAAAAUUUUAGAUGUUCACAUUCAUUACAAAUUUAAUCAGAAGCUAUUGUUGGAAGUCACUUUUCUACUUGCCCUUUA